AUCAUCUCCAAUUCAUUUGGGAGGAAGUUGUCCAUAUUUUCUUUCAUUAUCACAACUACAAAUCUGUAUAGCUUUUCCUUGUAAUACAUCAAAUUUGGUGUAGCCAUUACCAAGUCCAAGAAAAAUAGCUAUUCGAAAGUGACACAAAAUUGAGCAGAGAGUAGUCAAAAGGUCAGUAGAACAACAAGAGAAAGAGGACGGCACGAAUAGCAGAAAAACGAGAGAACCCAGUUGGUUGGAAAAGGGUAUCCAUUGAUAUUGUUUUUCAAGAAUAAUUCAAUCUGCAGAUCAACUGUUUGAUUUAUUGCUUCACUGAGAAAUAUGAGCAAUAAAGCACCUAUUAAGUUAGAUGAUGAGCAGUUGGCUGAACUGCGAGAAAUUUUCCGAUCAUUCGACAGAAAUGAUGAUGGGAGUCUGACCCAACUCGAGCUUGGCGCGCUAUUGAGGUCCCUUGGUUUAAAACCAAGUCCUGAUCAGCUCGAAACUUUGAUUCAAAAGGCGGAUAAAAAUGACAAUGGCCUUGUUGAAUUCUCGGAGUUUGUAUCACUCGUUGCACCGGAACUUCUUCCAGCGAAGUCCCCUUACACAGAGGAACAAUUGAAACAGCUAUUUAAGAUGUUUGAUAGGGAUGGAAAUGGUUAUAUAACGGCUGCAGAAUUGGCUCAUUCUAUGGCGAAGCUUGGACAUGCUUUGACUGCUGAAGAACUUACUGGGAUGAUCAGAGAAGCUGAUACUGAUGGAGAUGGCAGGAUCAGCUAUCAGGAAUUCACUCAGGCGAUUUCUUCGGCUGCUUUUGAUAACUCUUGGGCUUGAUAUGUGAAUCUCCUUUCGGCCCCUAUUCUUAGCAAAAUAGUUGGAAAUGAGCGUUGGCACCAAAUGAAGAAGAAGAGGAUUUAAGAUGCAGAGUUGGUGUUGUCGUGUGCUUACAUCUUAAUGUAUUGCUUCUAUCUGUGAUGAUGCAACAUUAUCCUAGUUUAGCAUCCGAUAGAACGUUUCUUGCCAAGAGAAAAGACUAUUUUUGUCAUUCAUUUUCCGUUAUGAUCAAUCGUUGUAGAGUAAAUAAUAUUGUUUGAGUGAUAAUUUGCAGUUUA